AUUGAAAAUCAACUUUUAAAAAUGUCUUUCUCCAAAGCUAAACUAAAGCGUUUCAAUGAUGUUGAUACCGUUGCUUGCGGAUCACCAGCUCGCCAUGCCACCAAUGCCGAAAGUUGUGGCACUCCCACAGCAGCAGCUGCUGCCAGUACCACCACCACUACUGCUGCCCAUCCAGAACGUAAGGAGCAAAUCGAGAAAUUCUUCAAGGAUGCCGUACGUUUCGCUUCCAAUUCCAAGGAUGCCAAGGAAUUUGCCAUUCCAAAGGAAGGUGGCCUCAAGGAGGAUAAGAAAUCGAAAGGUCUACGACUGUUUCGCACUCCAUCGUUGCCACACCGUUUACGUUUCCGUCAAAAUUCCGAUGUAACAGCAGCUGCCGUCAGUCACAUUAAUGGUGGUGGUUCGUCAACUGCCAGUUCAACACCACUGCCAUCGGCAGCUACCACCCCCGUUAAGGAGAUGCCCAAGUCGGGUAGCCGCUUGAAGGGCAAGGAAGCUUUGCACCAAGAGAUCCGCCACAAAAACGAACUCAUUGAGAAUUACAUGAGCCAAAUUGAUGUACUGAAGCGUCAUGUUGACCAACUGAAAGACACUGAAGCGAAAAUGCGCGAAGAACAUGCAGCGGCCCAACUAAAAACUGAGAACAUGAUCCAUGAUAUGACCAAUGAGAACAAGUCUCUCAAGGAACUGAACGAUCAGUUGACACUCGAUAACGCCAAACAACUUGAAACCAUCGCCAAACUGGAAUCUGAGAUUCGUGAACUCAAUGAACAGCAUGCUACCCAAGUGGCUGAAUUGGCCAAACUUAGCGAUGGCCUAAAGGAAAAGAACGAUCUGCUAGAAGCCGAGGCCAAAAAGCAGCUGGAGUCUCAAUCCACAAUGCAAGCCCAGAUUUCCAAAUUGGAACAAGAAAUCCAAGAAGCCCAAACUCGUUUGGCGGCCGACGCCGAAAAGGCCAAGGAGAACUUUGAACUAAUCGAGAACCUAAAGAACAUCAAUGGUUCACUAAUGUCGGAUGUCACCAAACUCAAGAAACAAAUCGAGCAGGACGCUCUCUCCUAUGCUCAAGAGAAUAAAGUCAUCCAAAACGAAAUGGAAUGCUUGAAAAACGAACGCAAUACCCUAAAGAACGACUUGGCCAGCAAAUGUGACCUCAUCAAAUCUCUGCAAGAUGAAUUACUCGACAAGAAUUGUGAGAUUGAUGCCCAUUGUGACACUAUUCGCCAAUUGUGUCGCGAGAAGGCCCAAUAUGUUGAGAAGGAACGUCUCAUGAAUACGGCCGAGGAGAAAGUCCGCAAUGCCGAAGCCCAGGCCGAGCAAAAGGUCCAAAAACUAGAAUCAGACCUGGAGAAUGCUCUCGAACGAGAGAAGGCCUACUGGCGCAGUGAAUUGGAGAAACGUCAAAAGCUGGCUGAGAACGAAAUAAUCAAAAUCGAAUUAGAAAAACAAGAUGUUAUGGUCCUAUUGGAGAGCACCAAUGAUAUGUUGCGCGAACGCGACGAAAAGAUCCAAAAAUACGAGGACCAACUGCGCAACGGCAUCGAUUACUAUGUCCAAUUGACCGACAACCUGCAAAAACAGGUGGUCGAUCUAAAGAACGAUGUUGCCAAGACCAUAACCGAGAAGUACAACUAUCAACUGACACUGAAUAAUACACGUUCGACGGUGAAUAUUCUUAUGGAACGCCUCAAGAAGUCCGAUGCUGAUGUUGAACAACUAAAGGCUGAACUUGAAUCGCUUCAAUUGGCCAAGGGUGCUCUGGAACAGAGCUAUCUGUCGUUGCAAGCUGAGCUGGAGUCAUUAAAGGCCCAGUUGCAAGAAUCGGAGUCGGCUCUUGCUGCUCUGAGGGCCUCAUCGGAAACGCUACAAAAAGAGGAGCGCAUCGACGGCGAUGCUGCCAAAUACCUGGACAUGUACAAUGAGCUCAAGAACAAGGACGAGACACGUGAAGUUUACAUGCAGGAUAUGAAAAAGGCUCUCGACGAAUUUGCCACAGUAUUGCAAUUCGCUCAGCUAGAGUUGGACAACAAAGACACCACCCUGGUCAAGGUACGUGAAGAAUGUGAACAAUUGAAAUUGGAAAAUAUUACGUUGAAAUCGAAAAUGGAGGAGAAUUCCUCAAAGGUGGCAACGCCCGUCAAAAAGAACAGUACCGACUUAGAGAAGAUCGAAGUUUUGCUGAACGAUUCCGAAUUGCGAGCCGAGUGUGACAAAAUUGCAUCCUGGUUCCUCAAUUCGAAUGACAAGAAUGUGCGCAACGACAGCUCGAGUGAAAUCAGCGAACUGUUGAAACCAACGACGCCCAACAAUAAGGCAUCACGAACCACCUGCACAACACCUGUUCGCUCGUCGGGAGGCAAGGUAGCCACCGUCAAUACGCCACGUACACCGCGCACACCAAAAACCGCCUCAUCCCACACGCCACGCACCACACCCAAAAAGACUGUCCUGUUCCCCGGCAAAGAAAACAUCCCCAGUCCCCAGAAACAGGUGCUCAAGGCGAGAAAUGUGUAAAGGCUG